AGGGGCAGCUGCAACGUGCCGGGAAGAUGGGAGAAGUCAGGAUGUCUCUUGAAGACCGGAAUGGCGGCUACGAGAACCCGGCGUUGGAGCUGGCGGAAUGCGAGGGAAAUCCUGAAGUGACAGAGAAGCACCGCAAGGCUGAGGGCCAGGAAGAAAAACACGCACCACGUGCUCCAUUCCAGAAGUUGAAGAAGGCAGCUGAGCCGUUUUCCAAAACAAGGCAGUUUUGCAAAGCUCAUGCCAAGGCAUUUCGCUGGAUCUUCUUGGGUCUCUUGGGUGCAGCUUACCUGGCCUACUUCAUCGCAGCCUGUUACCUGGACUUCCAGCGAGCCUUGGCUUUAGUCGUUUUAACAUGUCUGGCAGUCUUCCUUGGGCUCUAUACCCUGGUGAAGAAGUGGUGCGGGGCAACUAUCGUCCGUCUGCUCAGCCCUGUUGGGAAAUGCUUCCAGCGCUCCUGGUUUUGGCUGAAAUGGGUGCUGUGCGUCGUCAUUCUGAUUGGUCUGAUCACGUGGCUGGUUCUUGACAUAUCCCAACGGCAGGAGCAGCUAGUGUCGUUGGGGGGUUUCUGCGCAUUGCUUCUCGUGCUCUUUGUUGGCUCCAAGCACCACAGGGCUGUGCCCUGGAGAGCUGUCUUCUGGGGGCUUGGCCUGGAGUUCCUCCUCGGGAUCUUCAUCAUCCGGACAGAGCCUGGAUUUCAGGCUUUCCAGUGGCUGGGCGAACAGAUCCAGACCUUCCUGAACUACACCACGGCCGGUUCCCGGUUCGUCUUUGGAGACCAACUGAUUCAAAACGUUUUCGCCUUCCAGGCUUUGCCCAUCAUUAUCUUCUUCAGCUCGGUGAUGUCUGUUCUCUACUACCUGGGAGUCAUGCAGUGGGUGAUCCUGAAGCUGUCUUGGAUCCUGCAGAUCACCAUGGGCACAACAGCCACAGAGUCACUGAGUGUUGUGGGGAAUGUAUUUGUUGGGAUGACGGAGGCACCGCUGCUGAUCCGCCCCUACCUGAUGGAUAUGACUAAGUCGGAAGUCCAUGCUGUGAUGACCGGCGGUUUUGCUACUAUCGCUGGCAGCGUGUUGGGAGCCUACAUUUCGUUUGGGAUAGACGCCUCGUCCUUGAUCGCGGCCUCUGUGAUGGCUGCGCCCUGUGCUUUGGCGAUGGCUAAACUUGUCUACCCAGAAGUGGAAGAAUCCAAGUUCCGGAGCCGGGAAGGUGUGAAAAUUGCCUGUGGAGAAGAGCAGAAUAUUCUGGAAGCUAUCGGCAAUGGUGCUUCAGUUUCUGUGGGCCUGGUGGCUAACAUUGCAGCCAACCUCAUCUCCUUCCUGGCAGUGCUGGAGUUCGUCAACGCCACCCUCGCUUGGCUGGGGAACCUGGUCAACAUUGCAGGACUCUCCUUCCAGCUGAUUUGCUCCUACGUACUGAUGCCGCUGGCAUUCCUCUUAGGGGCCAGCUGGGACGACGCGGGCCUGGUGGCGGAGAUGCUGGGAAUCAAGUUUUUCUUGAAUGAGUUUGUGGCCUACCAGCAGCUGUCCACUUACAAACAGCAGCGCCUGGAUGGGCGUCCUGAGUGGGUCGGGUCGCAAAAGCAGUGGAUUUCUAUAAGAGCUGAAACCAUCACCACCUUCGCUCUGUGUGGAUUUGCCAAUUUGAGCUCCAUCGGGAUCAUGCUGGGCGGCUUGUCAACCCUGGCACCGCACCGCAAGAGUGAAUUUUCUAGCAUCGUCCUAAGGGCUUUGUUCACGGGAGCCUGCGUCUCUCUGAUGAACGCCUGCAUCGCAGGUAUCCUGUAUGUGCCCAGAGGAGAAGUGACCGAUUGCUUAAGUUUCUUCAACACGACAGACCUCAGCUCUACCAGCUACCCCGUCUAUGUUUGCUGCACAAACCUCUUUGGAUGCACGAUCAACGGGUCUCUUUCUUUCACUGGCGAAUGGGAGCAUCAUGACGUCGUUGUCACAAGGAUGUACCUCCGACAAUGCUGCGGUCACUACAACUCCACAGCCUGUGCUGCGCCGUAA